AGACAUGUUUCCUUCUAUAUAGUGGGUGUCUGGGUGAAUUUUUCUCUACCUUAGAAGUAGAAGUUUGUCUUUAUACCUGUAUGUUAGAUGCUUUUAAGUAGAUGGUGUUUCUUUUGAUACUGUGUAGUAUUUAAUAUAUCGGGCUAAAGUAAGGAAGCUUCUUUGAGCAGCAGUGAGCGUGGUACAGAAAUAAUGAGUAGUGACUGCAUCCAACUGGUGAAGGACACAUGAGGAAACCACCAUGAACAAACCAACAAUGGAAAGCAAGGAAGCUGCACUGGAUGUGAGUGUGGAGGACAGGCUUUGUGUGGUGAAGUUCAAUCGGCCGCACAAGAAAAAUGCUUUUCGUGCUAAAGAGUAUAGAGCCCUGAUGGCAACUCUUGACCGUGCUGCUGGGAACCCAGAUGUGACAGUGGUGGCUGUGACUGGGGAAGGAGACUACUUCACAUCUGGUAAUGACUUCAUGGAAAAUCUUCAAAACAUGGGAAAUCAUCAAUCCAGUGCAGAAGGAACUGAAGUUGGGGAGAAAAAAAGUUCAUCCAGUGUAAAUUUAUUCAGAGACUUCAUUUCAGCCUUGAUCAACUUUCCAAAGCCCUUGGUGGCUGUCUUAAAUGGACCAGCAGUAGGCAUGGGAGUCACUAUGUUGCCACUUUUUGAUGUUGUCUAUGCAUCAGACAAGGCUACAUUUCAUACACCCUUUGUGCAGUUGGGUCUUGUGGCUGAGGGCUGCUCCUCCUAUAUAUUUCCACGUCUUAUGGGUAUGGGAAAGGCAGCAGAAGUGCUCUUGUUUGGGAAGAAGCUGACAGCAGAGGAAGCUUCUGACCGAGGUCUGGUGACAGAAGUGUUACCUCAUUCAAAUCUCCACCAGAUUUGGCCAAGAAUACGUGAAUAUGCCAAGUUACCCCUGAAAACUCUUCUUACAGUAAAGGAAAUGAUGAGAGCUAAGGAUCGAGAAACCCUAAUUAAGGUCAACAAAAUGGAAAUGGAAUAUCUUAAGAAAGCAGCAAGGAGUGAAGAGGCUCUUACUGGCAUAAUGAACAUGUUUGCAAAGAAAUCAAAGCUCUAAAAAGUCAUGAAUUAUGGAAGUGAGUUGGAUACUUAUAAUUCAUUCCUUAUCAUAAUUCAUACUAAUAAAAUAACUCAUUUUUAUUGUAGAUUUUAUGAAUAUUGUUAAACAAGAUUACUGCAUAAUUUUGAUUAUAUUUGAUUUAUGCUUAUGGAAACCUUAUUUUGUUAGUCAGUUUUAAUAUCCCUAUUUUGAAAAGUCUUUAUUGUAAAAAAAUAUAUGGAAAUAAUUGUAAUUGACUCAAGAUUUACUGUACCUUAUAAUGUUUAACACUUGCUUUCUUCUGAAGGCAUACUGCUAAACUCGUGAAUUGCAAAAAUUCAGUUUUGUAUUGAAAACAUUAGAAAAAACAUUUUUUCUGACCAUAUGUCCCAGAAC